AUGGGCUGCUGUAACAGGAGCUGCGGGCUGAUUGCCGGAAUAGUCAUCGGGGCAGCGUUGGCCCUGCUGGGGGGCAUCCUCUUCCCCGUGGGGGACAAUCUCAUCGUAGAAUCAGUCUUACAGGAAGCCGUCAUCCAGCCCGGAACGCCGACGUACGAGAACUGGUUGACACCGGGAGGAGGGGUCUUAAGACAGUUCAUAUUCUUUGACGUGCAAAACGCCAGGGAGGUGGUGGAGGAAGGUGCCACCCCUGUGGUCGUGGAGAAGGGACCUUACAGCUACUGGACCAGAUACAUACCCAAAAUGGGCAUCACCUUCAACCCCAACGACACAGUUUCCUACCUCAUUAUGAACGAAGCGGUCUUUGAACCGAUGUAUUCGGUGGGAACGGAAAACGACAUGAUCAGCAGCUUGAACUUGGCGGUGGCGGCGUCGUAUUCGAUGGUUCCAAAGCCAAUGCAUUCCAUUCUGGAGAAGAUGAUCAAGUCCAGCAACUCAUCCCUGUUCCAGCGCCGCACCGUCAGGGAGCUGCUGUGGGGCUACAGAGACCCACUGCUGAAGACCAAAAUUGGUCUUUUUGCACCCUAUAACUACACCUUUGACGGGCCCUACAAUAUCUUCACCGGCAAGGGCGACAUCACCAAAGUGGGGACUAUUGACAAGUGGCGCAGUUCCAAGACCCUGAACUUCUGGGACGAUAAGUACUGCAACAUGAUCAACGGAACAGAUGGUUCCAACUUUGCACCCUUCGUGAAUGCGUCGGAGCCCCUCUUUUUCUUCUCCUCUGACAUCUGCCGGUCGGUGUCGGCCGCCUACGAGCAGUCGUUGGAUCUGAAAGGGAUCCCGGUGUACCGCUUCGGACUCCUGCCGUCUACCAUGGCCUCGCCGGCGGACAACCCGGACAACCACUGUUACUGCCGUGAUCCCGUGAUUACCAAGAACUGCACCAUAGCCGGCGUGUUAGACAUCAGCUCCUGUCAAAGCGGACAACCCAUCUACAUCUCUUUACCGCACUUCCUUUACGGUAGUCCUUCUCUGCUGGAUUCCAUAAAGGGGCUUCAACCCAUUUUGGAAGAACACAAGACCUACCUGGAUGUGGAACCUAUGACUGGAAUUACUCUGGGAUUUGCCAAGAGAAUCCAGGUGAACAUGAUGUACGGACCGUCAAAAGUCAUCACGGUAUUGAAGAAAAUUAACGAGACUACAAUUUUCCCUCUGGUCUGGAUGAACGAGACGGCCGAACUGGACGACGAGUCGGCCGCCAUGCUGAAGAUGGCGCUGGUGGACUCGAUGACGAUGUUGGACGUGAUCCGAAAACUCCUGUUGGGUGUGGGCUUGUUCAUCUUUACUCUCUGCCUGAUUUUGUACAUCGUCGUCAGGUGCAAGGAAAAGCAGACCGUCUGA